UAUUUGCGUUUUCCUCUUUCCGUACAAAAAAUGCACUCCUCUGAACACAGUUGGUCGUGAGAGAUGCUUAGGACCCUGCAGUUUCGAAGGAGGGAGGGGAGGAGUUAAAAAUGAUCGACAUAAUUUUCUAGAGGCUCGGCAAGCUGAGAGCGAGUAAACUGGCUCGCUGACCACAAUUAAGCCGCCAAAUGACAGUGCUUUUUAUCAGAAUCCCCAGCAAAACUUACAUUCCAGUGUUUGGAGGAAGAUUGAGGGAAAACAGCUAUGCAUUUUCGUCUUUGAUAUUUGCUUUCCAGCUCAUCAUUCAGAGUUGAUAAUGCUCAAGAUGAAGCUGCCGAUGAGAGCGGCGGAGGAGGGAGACAACUCCGUGGAAGAAGAGCAGGAAAACAACGACUGCAAUUUCCACGCUCACCAUUUAAUUUCAAAUUCGGCUCCUUGUAACGGAACGGAUGACUCUGGAGCGAGACCGGCUUGCCCGCUUCCACAAUUGAACAAGGAGGCGGUGUUCGAGUGGUUCGGGUUGCACCUCAGCCCGGCGAAACGGAUAGAGUUCAUGUGUGGGCUACUGCAUAUGUGCCAACCGUUUGAACUCCGCUUUUUGGGUUCCUGUCUCGAGGACCUCGCACGUAAAGAUUUUUAUGUCCUCCGAGAUUAUGAAAUCAAGGCGAACAGCCAGACCGAUUUGGGCCUCCUCAUGGAUGUUACAGAUCCCGUGGUCCACUCUAAACUGCUCAUUUGUCUAUCUCUUCUGGGAUCUGAAAAUAGGGAAUGCGCAGGAAUACUGUUUAGAACACUGAGCCAUGUUUAUUCCUCUCUUAACUUGAAAAACUGUGGGGUUUCCCCAUCCAAGUACGGGGAUUCCAUGCACGGUCAAGCCCGCUACCCAACUAACGGAGGAGCCGAGUCUGGGAAAACAAAACCUUCACCAACGUUGGACAUGGAGUCUGACAUUAGUUCUUUAGAGCAGUUGGCUCUGCUCUUCACUAUGGCAUCCCUCCACCCGGCUUUCCCUUUUCACCAGCGAGAAACCAUCAGGCUACAGCUGGACAACGUGGAGACUGCGAUCGAGGAAUAUAGGAGAAACUGUGACAGCAAUGAAACCCCUACGUCGAAUGAGUUCCGCAAGUCUGACUACCUCUGUCCACACACUGGGAGAGGCAGAGCGCGGCCAUCCCACCCAAGCAGAACUGCUAGCGGCAAAGCCGUGCACAUAGAGAAAAUCAUCUUGAAGGAAAUCUCCGCGAGUUCAAGGGAGUACAGUUUUGAGGUGCUCUGGUCAGACCAGUCAUCCAGCACUGUGACCAAAUCCCACCUGGAGCUGGAGAAUUUCCUUUUAAAGCUGCCUAAAGGGCACUGCUCUGAGACCUGUGAGAAGGGGCUUCUGAGGCUACUGAGCCAGAGGGACCAACACGAGCCCAGGGAUCUGGAGAGGAUACUCAAAGAGAGUUUUCUCUCCCUGCCCCUGGACUUCCGUCAGAUGUGGGCCGUCUGUUCGUUCUUCCUCUCCGACUCGUCUCUUCAGUUCAGCAACCACUGUAACACCUCGCCAGCAGGCAAGCCAUGCCAGUCAGCCAGGCACUGCAAUGACUGCUCUGAGACCUCCAGUCUGGAGGAAGCGUUCUCAGAUCUGGAUCUGGAGCCAUAUGGUGGCGCCGGCGCUUGGAUGAAGCGGAGCAGCAAAGGUGCUGGCCGCGGGGGGCAGUGCUGCCGGAGUCACCAGCGGGACAGCAGGAGGAGGGGUCGCGCUGAGCACAACGGAGAGGUGGAGUGGGGGCGCCAGAGCCCGUCCCGCACGCAGGGCCACUCAGAGCAGUGCUGUGCUGGUGAGAAGUGGAGUUCUAUGACUGGGAAGAAGCCCAAAGCGAGAGCCUCAGGUGCUGACAGGGAGAGGGCGAGGCGAGGGGAGGCGGACGAGAGCUUUGUGCCCAACGGGAUCCGGAGGCCCUCUGCUGCUCAGAAGAUAAGGCAGACUAGGGGCCCUGAUGCAUACGGAGAAACUUCCUCUGAGAGUUCCUACUCCACCACCUCCAGCCCUCAGCACCUUCAGCAUGCCAGUUUACAGAGCGAGGAUGAGGAUGACGAAGAUGAAGAUGACUACGAUGAUGAUAGAGACACCGGGAGCCAGUCGGACACGGGGACCCUGAGAGCGCGUCCUGCUAAAGGCGGCAGCGGGAAGGCCGUGGCCCUGGUCAACCCCAUGCUGCCCGCUGCCCUGGAGAAGGAGCCCUCCCAGCAGGCCAAGAGCGCCGAGGGCCCCCAGUCUCCGUCUCCUGUGGGGGGGCUCCCUGCGGAGUGCCCCCUCUACCCCAAACCCAGCGCCCCCCUGGAGCCCCCCCUGGCCAGUCCUGCUGAUGCGCGGAGCUCCGGUGCCCAGUCUCGCCAGCACCCUCCCGUGGCCGCGGUCAGCGCCCUGCCCGUCUCCACCCCGCACCUCAGCGACACCGCGCCCCCCGCCUGCACCCCUCCCCUGCCCCCCCACCCGUCCUCCCUCCCGCUGCGGGUACAGCACCCCUCCGUGCCCACGCACACGCCCAGCACGGGGCCCUCGCCCAGCCCGGCGCUGCCCCCCAGCACGGCGCACAGCGACAGCACCAGCCCCAGCGCCACCCACCUCCUCUGCAGCUCCAGCAGCGCCAGCCUCUCCGCCAACCCCCUGGGCAUGACCGCGGCGGGCGCCCCCAUGCAGAUGCCUCCGGCCGGCCUCCAGCUGGGCUGCAACGCCUGCGGGUGCCGGGGCAGCUGCGGCGUGGGCGGGGGCGGCGGAGUGGUCAGCGGCGGAAGCGGCGGUCACCAGGCGACGACCAGCUUCUUCCUGCCCCCGCAGCAGCUGGCGCCGCGCCAGAUGUUCAGCACGGCGCCGCCGCCGCCGCUGCCCUUCCUGCACCUGCCCUCGCACCUGUGCGGCGCCAGCUACCCGCCGGGCGCCCCGGCCCACCAGAGCGCCAGCGCGCCCGCCGGCCAGCAGCUCUCCUUCUACCCGCACGGUCCCGCCGCCCCCCCGCACCACGCCCACUCCCACGGCCCGCACGCGCCCGCCGCCGCCUUCUCCGCCGGCCCGCUCCUGCACGCCCACUCGGAGCACCUGCUGGCCGCCGCCGCCGUGGCCGCCAGCCAGCAACCGGGCUACGGCCUGCCGCAGAUGGCCGCCUUCAGCCGCUUCUACGCGCCCGUCUUCCCGUCCGUGGCCAUGCACGCCGGCCCAGGAGGAGGAGGAGGAGGAGGAGGGAUGAAGAAGGGCAACAACAUGUCCUGCUACAACUGCGGCCUGGGCGGCCACUACGCGCACGAGUGCAAGCAGCCCGCGGCGGACGGCGGCCAAGCAGGUGGAUUCCGGCUUAAGUACGUUGCCCCCCACUCCUCUGAAGCACUAGACAAAGCUGACUGACAGACAGCAAGGGGACCACGGAGUAAACGUUUGUUUCUUUCUGGGGCUCCCUUGAGGCUUCGUUGGCGUUUCCACUGCAGUAAACACGUACUGCACCUGGGACCAGGUGGCAGAGGCGCUUAUUUCAAAGGUGAUCUUUGGUUCAUGGAAUAGCUUAAGAAUGUCUCUCUGAUAUUGAAAAAAAGGGCAGGUUAAAAGAUGUGCCUCGCAAAUGCAGCAGCAUACUACCUUUUACAUGGCAACAAUAACAUUUAAAAGAAAGGACAAGUGUCCCAUUCAUAAAUGGAGUUCAUUUCAUUGUAUCCGAUAGAAAUAUGUGGUUACAUUUGUUUUUCAUACGGUCCACUACAUUGCAAGACCUUUCAUUUAUUUUGUAAACAUCUAUUUGUAAAUGGCUGUGAGCCAUUGUCAUUAUUUUUGUUCUUUUAUCAAAACUUUAAAAGGGUAAUUUAAAGAUGUAAUUACAGUCUUAUGAAACGUGAUCCUUAAACUUGAGACUUAUAUUUGGAAAAGUUUUGAGUUGUUGAUACGAGUUGCUUCUGAUUUCAUGAUGCAUGAAGAUUCCAUGCAGUCGUUUGAUUUCUGUGGUAAAUACAUUGCAAGUCUGUAUUUAUGUUCCCUUGAAGAGCUCUGAAUGUAAACGCUGUUUCUGUUGGCUUGAUCGGUGUCAUUUCAUGUAAUGUGAAUUGUUUCAAGUUCAUAAUCAUGAUUCAGACAUAGUGUUGUACUGCUGUUUUUUGCUUGUUUCAUUUUUUUGUUUGUUCUUCAUUUUUACAUAAUUUGUUUUGUUUGAAAAUUGUAAAGCACUAUGUUAUGAUGCUCAGCGUAACUUGAUGUUCAUGUCAGGUCCUUAAGUGCACUGAGAGUAAUCUGUACUGAUCUGUCCACUGUGCCGUUUGACUUGGGAGGGCUUGGGAGAGACGUGCUGUUAUUUGGUGGUUUGACCACCAGAGAGCGCUCUAGUGAGCCUCUGUGCUCUGGUGCUUGCACACACAGCACUGGUAGGUUUUAAAAGAAGAGAGUACUUAGUGUCCCAAGUAUUUUUUUAUGUUUAUUUUUAUGACUUGUUAGCGUUUAUUUUCAUGUAACACACUUCCAUUUCUACCAACUGGAUUGUGACGUCCAGGGUAAAAAAAAAAAAAAAAAAAAAAAAAAAAAAAUUUUUUUAGAAAUUGAUUAUUGAGGUGGAACUUUAUUGGAAUGGAUACUUUAUUUGGAAAUGAAGUCAUUGUGAAGCACAUAUGUUUACCUGCAUGCUCUUUGGCCAGGAUGUGUUGUGUUUGUCAAGCGUACAUGAUGUGGGAUAUCUGUUCAAUUGCCACUUAAACCAAGCAGUGUAAACACGUUUGUACUGACAAACCUUCAACCUUUUUUUAACAGCUAUGUUUUGUUCUCUGGAAAUCUUGCUUAAACUGCCAAAGCAGACUUAAGGAAAAAAAAUCCCCUUACUUUUUUAUAAUAUAUGCAAACAGAUAAUUUAAAAAAAAUAUUUUAUAUUGGUUUUGAUGAAGGGAUCAUGAUUUUGACUUUCUUUAUGUACAAAAUCUUUAAAAGACAAAAAAACGCACAGCCCUCUUUCGCUGAUCUCGGGGUGGGACAGAGGGGGAGAGACCCGCCCUGCACUUGUGCAGCUGCCAGAGGUGUUUGUUAUAUUUCUUUGGAGAGAUGCUGUGCCGUACAAAUGAGGUAAAUUGUUACCCUGGGUUUGUGUUUACUGUUUCUUAUCUAAACGUUGAUAUUUACUGGAAAGUUCGAAUAUAUUUCUAGAGAGAAAUUUGCAUUUUAAGCAAAUUUAUCUUAAACCCAUUGAGUUAUCAGCAAUAAAUAUUGAAAAAAAGACC